ACUGCGCUGAAGUUGGCUUCUUCGGUCACGUGACUCCGUAGGGAAAUGGCGAUCGUCCCUCCGUAGCGAGGUGCCGCUUCUGUGAAAGGCGACAACAAAAAAGGGUUCCUUUAACGCAAUUUCGUCGCUGUCUUCUCGCGAAACGCGCAUCAACUCGGGCCCGGAUUGGCCGCCCGUCGUCUCGAAGCCUCGUUUUCCCACUCAGGAGGGUCGCUUCGGGCACGCGAGGGGAGCGCCCCGCCAUGGCGCUGUGGGGGCGGCUUCAAGAGCUUCCCCGGGACCUGCUGCGCCAGUGCCAGCUCAUCUACGGCGAGCACUUCCCGAUCGAGGUGCGGUGCGCCCUGGCCCCCUGGAUUGAAGACAAGCCCUGGGGCGAGAUGGACCCGGACAGCCCGGCCUUCGAGAUGUACGCCCCCAACCUGGUGGCCUCCCUCCUGGAGGAGCUGCAGGCCAAGGCCAACUCGGAGGACAACUUUGUCAUGAAGCUCAAGCUGCUUGAGGCCUGCUCCUCUUUCAAGCAGAACUACAGCCACAACCCCGGUGCCCUCAUCCGGGUCAUCAAGAACUGCCUCGCCACCGAGAUGAGGAUUGUGCAGCAGGCCGAGAACCCUUGCCACAGGCUUGCAGCCCACAUGGCUGGACCCCAUGAUCCCCACACAGAGAUCACUCAGCAACUGGAAAAGUUGAGGCGGCGAACACAGGAGACUGAGGAGGAGCUAAGACGCAUGAUCCAGGUUCAGGAGUCCUUUGUGAUUCAGUACCAGGAGUGCCAAAAGUUGCAGGCGCACUACCAGCAGCUGUCGACGCAGCCCAAUGGGCAGGCCAACGUGGAGCUCUUGGGCAAGAUGCACACUGAGACCAAGGCCAUGGAGCAGGCCAUUAGGCAGCGGGUGAACGAGCUGAGGGAUAUGCGGCUGGCCUUUGCGGACAAGCAGCAGGAGACGUCCCUGCAGCUGGGGGCCCUGCAGACCCGGGUGCUGGACGACGAGCUGAUCAAGUGGAAGCGGGCCCAACAGCUGGGGGGCAACGGCACCCCCUUCGACAACAACCUGGACCAGAUACAGGAGUGGUGCGAAGCCCUCUCGGAGAUCAUCUGGCAGAACCGCCAGCAGAUCAAGCGGGUGGAGCAUCUCGCCGCACAAGUGCCCAUUGGUUCGGCCAGCAGCAUUGGGGAGCGCUUCACGGCCCUCAAUGCACAGGUCACCAACCUCCUCUCCUCCCUGGUCACCAGCACGUUCAUCAUUGAGAAGCAGCCGCCGCAAGUCAUGAAGACCAACACGCGAUUCACGGCCACGGUGCGUCUUCUGGUCGGGGGCAAGCUCAACGUCCACAUGACUCCGCCCCAGGUCAAGGUGUCCAUCAUCAGUGAGGCCCAGGCGAAUUCUCUUCUCAAGAGUGAUAAAGUUGGGGUUGGGGAGGCGAGCGGAGACAUUCUGAACAACACAGGAACAAUGGAGUAUCACCAGGCCACGAGGCAACUUAGUGUCAGCUUUAGGAACAUGCAAUUACGGAAGAUCAAGCGAGCUGAGAAGAAAGGAACGGAGUCUGUGAUGGACGAGAAGUUUUCCCUCUUGUUUCAAUCGCAAUUCAAGGUUGGCGGUGGGGAACUUGUUUUUCAAGUUUGGACGCUGUCAUUGCCAGUCGUCGUCAUCGUCCAUGGCAACCAAGAACCGCAUGCCUGGGCAACCGUCACGUGGGACAAUGCGUUUGCAGAGCCGCGGAGCGCCCAGGCUCAGCGGGGUGCCCCCUCGUCGGUGCAGGGGCGGGUGCCCUUUGCGGUGCCGGACAAGGUGCCCUGGCCCCAGCUGGGCGAGGUGCUCAGCAUGAAGUUCCGCUCGGCCACGGGCAGGGGCCUCUCCGAGGACAACCUGCGCUACCUGGCCGGGAAGGCCUUCCGCAACGCCCAGAUCCAAGACUUCACCAACAUGCUGGUGAGCUGGUCGCAGUUCUGCAAAGAGCCCCUUCCCGAGCGCAACUUCACCUUCUGGGAGUGGUUCUACGCCAUCAUGAAGGUCACCCGGGAGCACCUCAGGGCACUGUGGAACGACAGCGUUGUAUGGGGCUUUGUUGGACGGCGCCAGGCAGAGGACAUGCUCCGACAGGGCUGCAACGGAACCUUCCUACUCCGCUUCAGCGACUCUGAGCUCGGAGGAGUCACGAUUGCCUGGGUGCACGAAGACCCCACCCAGGACACCAAGGAGGUGAUAAUGAUCCAGCCGUUCACCAGCCGGGACUUCACCAUCCGCAGCCUGGCGGACAGGGUGAGCGACCUGCAGCAGCUCGCCUUCAUGUACCCCGACACACCCAAGGAUCAGGCCUUCGGCAAGUACUACACCCCAGUCACUGACACUCAGCCAGCCAUCAGCAACGGCUACGUCAAACCCGUGCUGGUCACGCAGAUCCCAGGGCUGUCCGGAAUGCUGAACCUCAUGGAUAGCAAUCCGUCGACACCCCAGUCCUUUUUCCACCCCCACUCGCCGGACACCGCGGCAGGAGUCUACCACGAUGGGUCCUCCCUGGACCAAGCCAUGCAUGCGGGGCUCUCUGCGCCUGACCUGGACUACAACCUGUGUGACAUGGAUCUCGCAGAGUUGGAUGUGCCCGUUGAUUUUUCAAGCAUCAACGUUAGCGAGCUUGUCACCUACACUACCAAAGCUAACUGAGCAACAGGGCUGUCCAUAAUUCCACCUUGUUGUUGGGCUAACAAUGUCAUCCCCUAACAGUGUAAACUGUAUAGUUCACAUUCUGUCGGACAUUGUGGUGCACAUCUGUUUCAAACGUAACGAGGUAACCCGCCGACCCUCGACACGAAGCUGAUUUUGAUUUUUUUACCCGGCUGCAUACGUAUGUUUGUGCGUGUGUAUGUGGAAGUUAUUUUAUAUUUGUUUUGGCUUAGGAAAAAAUGAUGCUGCCCGCAGUCUCUUUGUUUUGUUUCAUUUGUUUCGACAGUUCCGGGUUGUUUGCAUUACAUCUUCUGCAUAUUUUGACUCGUGUUAUGUAGAUAGCUCUGUUCAAAGGAUGCAUCUUCUAGUGUGUUUCUGGUUUGGGUCCUUUUUUAAAUGUGGAAGUCUGUGCAGGGUGAUUGAAAACAAUUUCCUCUACCCAGCACUUUUUCUUUUUUUUCUUUGUUUUGUUUAGGCACAAGAACGUUUUUGAUGUUCUCACACCACUUGUCUUCAUCCCACAGACUGCUGUAUAGAUAUCCAUAUCUCAGUAGAGAAGCGCUAACAUUGUGCUUUCAUUUUUUUUUAUCAGUUCGGGGUUUAUUGCUGCAAAGCGAGAAGAAUAUUAUUUUUGUGUGGAACUGGUUUUCAACUGGCAUUUCUAUAGUCUUCUAGGGAGAGAAAUGACCAAACGAAGAUAUAUCCAUAGUUUCGACCGAACAGCCAUUUUACGAGACCACGGCCGUAGCCUGACAUAGGAAACAAUGGCAAAGAAGGAAACAAUGGCAGAGAAGUGGGCCAACUGGCAAUCAUUUAGAAAAACCAGGUGCCAGGAAGAAACCAAGCAGCAAACACAAAGCGGCGAGAACAAAGUCGCACACCGAGCUGGACGUCUCGGUGCUUGCUUUUGAGACCUGGGCUUGUUCGCAUGUCCUCGUGACAAUGCUGCUUUCUGAAGCAGCAGUUCUUAUCCGUCAGUUUUAGAGGGUGUCCAGUCUGGCUUUUUUUCGUAGGACACGUAAACAGGUCCAAGUAAUUUUGAAACUGAGUGUUCAUUCGACUGUUUUUUCAGCAUCAGUUUGUUUGACGCCAGUCUAAACUUGGCCAAGAAUGGUGCGAGAGGUGUGUCCUGUCCAAGACGUUCUCAAUUCUGCACCAGUUUCGCUGACAACAUGUGCGCGUAUAACUUUUGCGAUGUCCUGUUGCUACCAUUGAUCUUUGAUGAUGCUCUGGUUAGCAUGUAAGCAGUGACACUACCCUAGUUACUAGGCUCAAUGCAGCAGUAGACAGACCCUUUUAAAGGUGUGAAAUGUGCUGGCUGUUUUUUUUUUUUCUACACCAGCAUAUAGAGCUACUAGCUGCACUUUAGUUUUGCACAUGGCACUCUGUAGAAGGAAAAAAAAAAAAAACGAACACGCUCAAUUCUGGUACGCGUGAUGCUCCGUGAUGCACUCAGUGUUUUUAAUGUGUGUGUGUGCAUAUCGAGCUCUCAUAUGUUGCAAUGAAAGUCACUUGCAAGGGAUUGUGAAAAGGCCAGCACAGUACUGUGACUAAUCUAAUAAUAAUAAUUCCUUUAUUUUUUCAACAAAAAGUGUAAAGGUGACUAGGGAAAAAAAAAAAAGCUGUAAAAACAACUUGACCGGCCCCUAGCCACCCCAAACAAGCAGUCAGAGUUGCAGUGCGAGAUGACUGGUGGAUUCCAAAUACAUAACUGUGUAAAAGUUUGAGGUCAUUGAGUUUACUAGUGAAUGCAUACAUGAACUGUCUAAACUAAAAGUUCUGCUUUGAUUUCAUCCACAGCGCGAAUGGUGUCAUGCCAAUGCAGGCCGAGUUAAUGUGGUACCAGAUCUGUUGAAACAUUCCAAUGACUUUACCCUGCCUACUCCACUAUGAGCAUAUAAAAAUAAAGGUCUUUCAUCAGCUUCCCAACAGGGCAUGAAAGAGCCAGUCAUGAUCUACACAAGCAACCUUGGAAAUGUUUCCAAUCAGAAAUGCUAUUUAUGGUGCUGUAUAAGUGCACUUGCAUUUUCACAUGAAAACUUUAUGCGUCUUGUGAUGCACUGGACUCUUUCCAUAGAUCAGUAUGAUUGGCUCUCACAUUCCAAUCAUUCCACAGUUGGAAUGAUUUGCUGCUUUCUAAUACUGUAUGAGAAAGCAGGCAGGUUGAUCUUUUUCUAUAUAGGAUAUUGAUUACCCUCGAGUAAGCAGGUUAGUUCUGAAGUGUUUCUUUCAGAUCUUGUGGACCACCAAACUGGUCUCAAACUUUUGCCAAGCUAAGUCGUCUUUGAGGCAUGACUCGUUUAAGAAAGAUUUCUUUUUAGGAAGCUGGAUCACCUCUACAAAAUCAUUUGAGGGUUUCUUACCUUGUUCGUCCCUUGCAAGAGUGCUUUUACUGUUUUAUUUAUUACCAUGUCUCUUAAAAAUAGAGAAAUAAAAACGGUUUUACGUACACAGUUGCACCAGGGGAGCGGCAAGAUACCGAUUUUGCAGCCGAGCUUAAGACUGUCGUCUGACGAGGGGGUUAGGCUCAGGUAGUCGGAUUAAUUGAACGCAAUUGUUUUAAUUUAUUAUGUCUAACAUAGAACUGAACUACAAGAAAAAAUCUGCUAAAUGGAAAUUAUGCAAAAAUAUUUGUCAUCAAAGAUGACUGGAAGUAUGUUAGGUUCAGAAAUAAAUUUUGUUGGCCUUAUAUGCGCUCACUAAUUUAUUUAUAGCUUAAAAGCUGAGUAGUUGCUUGUUCAGCCUAGCUUUUGCUUAUCUAAUUUUCUGUGUACUACAUUCUUUUUUUUUAGUAUGAAGGCUUUCAUUUGUCUAUACUAAAAUGAGCCAAAGAAAUACAGAAUGUAGUGCUUACUCCCAAGAAAAACGGAGGGCUGAAACGGUUAAUGUAGGGUCAGUUAAAUGGCAUUAAAAGUUUGUCUCGUUUAUCUUUUUGAAGUUGUUUUUUUUUAUCGUAAAACUAAAACUAUGGUUCCACGUGACCUGUUGGCGGACAAAAGGCGUGGCGGCUCUGCAAAAACUGCUGUGUACAUAUAUUAGUGGCUGCUUUUUAAAACAGUAAAUUAGCGGAUUGAGGAUAGCUUAAGAUAAGCCACUAGAGAGUAAACAAUUGCUAACUAUCCGUCGUUACGCGGGACUUGCCAUUUCCCUGGUUGUGCACGGAGGGCAAUUUUAACCCGUAGCGCAAUGUUACCACAUCCCCAUUUAACACUGCUCAAGAUGCUCGUUAAUCACAUCGAAAGGCAUCGCUGGUUUGUGUCGGACAAAUUUGGUGCUUAGCAUGACUGGUUCCUUCCCACCGACGUCGGAGAGCACGGACGUCCUUCCGCAAGUGUGGUUCGUGCACCCCCAAGGAGCAGACGACGGCAUCGAGAGGACCAACAGAAAUUACUGAAAUGUGUUGGUUUGAGAGUUGCGAGAGUAUACUGUGUGGCGAUGCAAACUGUGGCUGAGGUGGCUUCGGCCGUGUUCCGUCAUAGCCGUCUACCACAGAGGCUAGGAGUGGCAAGAGGCUGGAAAGCAAAUGUAGAGAACUUGAAAUCAAUGGACGACUUUGCUUUUCUGCUUUAAUUUCCCCAAGUUACGCGUCUUCGUUUUAACUGUAUACGUAACAGCUUUUGUUGAGUUCAAUCUUAAUAAUAAUUUUGAUUGGCUUUGCUCCCUCAAAUAAGGAGAUCAGUGCUGAUUGUUGUGUUGCUAUUAUGUAGGAACAGGUUUGGAAAGAAAGCCUAACCAAAUAAACCACAUAACCAUUCUUUUUUUUUUUUUUUUGACAUUAUGUUUAGAUUGAGCGUCAAAGAUGGACUGGAUAGUUUUCAGGAUUUUUGUUUAACAACAGUCUUUCGUUUGAGGCUGUGGCCUACAAGCGUGACUGUGUUUUAGUAUUCUUCUAUGCUAAACACUCAUUCGAAGAAAUCCUGUGGUUUAGGGUCUUCUUGGAGUCGUGCACUGUUGCAUGCAUUUACGAGGCAGAAAUUUGUUCUGGCACCUUAAAAAAAAAAAUUAUACUUGCCUAAAAUAGGUAAGCGGAAUACUCCAAUGUUGUGCAAUAAUUUGUGUACUCAACAACAAAGUUUGAUUACAUGAAAAGGGCAGUGAAUGGCUGAAGAGCAAUACAUAUUUUGGAGAUAGUAAAAAUUGUAACUGAGAAUCGGUCUCACGUGCACCUUUAACUUCUGUAUGCUUUGAUGAAGCUGUUCACAAGUAGCUACCAGUGUUCUUAGACAAUUUCUGCUCUUACCGAGUGUCUUGGCGAUAGCUCCGCUUCAUAGAUUAGCGGGAGAUAUAGGCAGAAACGGUUCUCAAUUUCACGGAUCUCCAGCUUGCGAUGAACUAGUAAAUUAACCUGAGACUGCAGCGCUUUACUUCUGUAUAUUUAUUAUCGCUUUGGCUUAUUGUAUAGUGUUUGGCUGCAUUUUGUUUGAUUUAGAGUCGUCUUCGUUACGGGCAGCAACCACGGCUUAAAGCUGCGCACACGAGAACCUCCUGCAAGAAAAAUGCUCCCCUCCGAGCAAAAAUGAAAGAACAUGAAACAGGCUGUCUUACGUGCAAUUCGGCACAAGGUGGCCAUGUUUUAUUACGCUCGAUUUUUGUCUUGGCUGCCUCUGUGAAGACUUUUUGUGUUGGUGCUAUCGAAAGUUUUGUGGACGAUUUGCUCGCGUUUUGCUUUGGUAAUGCUUGGGUCUGCCACACAUACUUUGCCGUGGCACGCGAGUGUAUAGGAUUGACAGAACCUGCUCUUGUGGACGUCCCUCAACCAUUAACAUGUGAUAGGCGAGGUGACGAUUUGAUGCCAGUCAUUUUGAAAGGGGGAAGCUCUACCGAAGUACAAACCAGAGCAGAAUUUUAACGAGCGUUCUCACACACUACUACCGUUGGUGAUGUCGUACCCCCUCUUUUAUUUGUUUCCUCCCUCCUCGUAGAAUAAAGCUUGUUGGUUGAACGAA